AUGGCGCCCAAAGUGGAUCCAGGCGGACAUCAAACCGGACAGAAGCGCAAGGGGAAUGCGACAGAUGGCGGAGGCUGGCGCAACAAGCGACAGAAGACGCAGCGCGAUGCUCGCACACUGGCGGUGCAGACGAGCUCCAAGGCCUUCAAGAACGGAGAGCUCGACGUAGGAGCUUUUGUCAAGGCUCGCGAGUAUGAGAUCCGCGCACUCGAGGAAGGCAUGUCUCGGGCCAGGAAGGGUCUUACACAACGAGCUUUCCAGCAAGUGCCUAAGGACUUGAGACGCAGGACAGCCAGUCACAAUGCGAAGAGAGUGCCCAAGAGACUGCGCCGUCAGGCCGUGCGAGAGGUCGGUCGACUCAGAAUCCUGACUGGACAUAUGCGUCUUCGCAUCGACACCGUCAACCGUCUACGCACCCUCAGCCGCAAGAACAAGCUGUCGUCUGACCAGGGAAUUGCAAAGUAUCGCAAACGUCAGAUACACAAGACCUGCUAUCGUCCCACUCAUCGUGCGAGUAAAGACCGAGGUGCUAUUGCUUGGGACACAAGCUACAUGUCUACAAUCUCCAUACACGGUAAUCAACAGAGUAUAGAAUCUCUUCUUCGUGCUUUGGGUGUUGGCUCGUCAGAUGCCGCCUGGUCUGCACGAGGCCAGAGGUGGAGACACGGCUCUCGUACGUGGCAAGGUUGGCUGUAUGAGCGUGACAUGUAUCCAUCUCACCCGAUCGCUCCUGCCACAGUAAUUUGGCGAGCAGAUCCGAAAUCUUCUGCGAAGCAGUCUCGUCAGAUUCUUAUCCGUAUUCAUCCAUCAGCCUUCUCGCAGCUCUGGGACGAGCUCACCCGACUGGUCAAGAUCCAGAAACCUCAAUUGACUGUUGAAGAUUUGCGAUUCGAGGUUGGAAGUAUCGAGAUUGUGGGCCCUGCUUCGACCGAAGCUUUGACGAGUGCUCUUCGUCCUGUUGCUAGCGAAGGGGACAAGGCAUCCACUGAGAAGAAUUGGUCAUUAUUAGCAGGCGUACAAACACCAUCGGCUUUGCCUGCAAACGCUCUGCUCGCUUUCGAUGUAUCUGAUCCUCGACUACACCAUCCGCCCCGAACUGUAUCUUCAGCUGUGCAGACACAGCAAUCGCAACAGCAAUUGCUUGAAUUGCUAACAGAAUGGUCAUUCGAUACUGCACAAACAGCACCAGGCAUUUUCGACCGCGCAAGAAGACAAGCAUGUUGCCGCGCAUUGCAGAGCCAGAAAAAUAUCAACCGCCGCAAAUCUGCCGCCACGCCAGGUGCCUACCCUGAGGCUCUCCCUCAAGAUCCUCGCAUUCCCAUAAUGGCAUUCCCUCUCAUGUACUAUCCCAUAUCGACUGGCGGACAGGUGAGAAUGGGAGGUCUGGAAGAGCAACGCCAGGUUGCCUUUGAGACUGGCAUGCCUUGGUUCCCUGGUGAUUUCCCAGGUACCAAAGCGGGUGAUCUUUGGGAGGCCUCAGAGAGUGCCAGAAGAAAGGCUCAGUGGGAAGCAAAACCCAAAGGCAAAAGGGUUGAGUGGGACAGCGUCGCAUUGGCCCCUGGCAGAAAAGGUGAAGAAGGCAAUGGAUGGGCAUGUGAUUGGGCCUACUGCUUUGGAAGCACCGCGGAUGAAAAAGAUGAUGCUUCGUCAAAGAUUCAUCACAUUGGUUCGAGUCUUGCUCGGAGCGUGGUUGCUGGUCAGGCCACGUCUAUAGAGCAUCAGUCUCAUGCUGUCUCUACCGUCCGCAUCACUCUGCUCGGACGUGGGACACCUGAACCUUGCGCACGAAUCUACCGCUUGCCAGCCGUACCUGGAACAGAAAAGCCGUCACUACGCGACCAGUGGCUCGCCCUUGACCCGGCUCGAACAAGCUCUUGCACCCAGAAGAAGAAGCGCCAGCGAAGCUUGCCAUUGUCUGUGAUGAAGUCUACUUCCACAACCGACGUGCAACGACAAUUGGCCGCAGACUUGUUGCAACCUCCCCAGUCCGAUGACGAACACGACUGCAGCCCUCCGCUUCCUGGCAAAGAGGACCUCAUCGGCUUUGUCACAAAAGGUGAGUUCAGUCUGACUGAAGGUAGGGGUGUCGCUAUUGGCAGUGUCUUUGUACAGGCUCUUGCCGAGGCUGUCAAUGCCACCAACAAGGAAUCACACAUUUGCAUUGUCAGAAACGCUGGAGAAACAGUGGGCAGACUCGGGAGAUUGGAAUUCGUGUAA